AUGGCCAAGAGUGGCCGUGGAAAAUCCUCUGGGGAGGAGAAGACUCCAAAGAAAGUGGCGCCUGUGAGAAAGAAGAAAGCGGCCGCCAAGCAUGAACCCAAGAAAAAGCCACCUGCCAAAGUCAAGGCAAUGCCGCAGACGGCAGCCAUGGGAUGGCGAGCGUCGCUUCUCGAAGGAUCCGCAGAUACAAAAAAGAUCCUCAAAGAAUCUGAAAAUGCCCUUGUGCCCUACACAAUUGGUACCAGCAAUGCCAAACAGAAGAACAAACGCUCGUGGCCAUCGACUCUGUUUCUUGAUGCCACCUAUUCGCGUGGAAUUUUAGUAGACAAGAACAGUGACGAGCCCUAUUUCGCUCCUACUCCUGGAUAUGCCGAGAACGAUAAUGAGCCAGGUCUUCGCUAUCUGCCUUUUCUCUCCAAUGUCGAAGCCAAAUUAUGGUGCCACAAACACGCAGCCCACACGGCCGUGGCCAGACGCUUUCCAGUGGAAAUUGGGCGUCUCCUUGGAACCAUUACACUGGAAAUCCAGGAGAAGGUAGGCGGCAAGGGAAAACCAAAGACAGAUUCCACAGUACCCGACACGAUUCGGGAUAUGGAAAAGAAACAGCGUGCUAAAAAUCAAAAGACCAAGACAUCUCCGUUUCUAUUGCAAUUGGAGGAAAAGCGUGAUCCAAAGGCCAUUAAGCGCAUCACUCACAAGCAAGCGUCCAAUGAGGCCGCCACGGAAUGCAUCCAAACACCCAUGGACGCGACAAGUAGUUUGGCACGAGUCCAUGAAAUACAAGAACAAUGGAAAGCCGUUCAAAAUAGCAAACCGUACGUGGAACCAUGGGACAAACAGGAUGGAUCCUUCUUGCAUGGAAAAGACGAUGACAAUCACGUGACCGUAAGGGCUCUCCAGGCAUGGUUGGAUAAAGGGGUCAAAGCGGGGACAUUGGUGGAUUUGCACAAGAACAGGACCAAAGAACUAUAUGGAGGUUUGACUCGAGUUCCUAUUGACGCAACGGAUAUAUUGGAUGCAUUGUUUGUCUUGGCGGAUCCAAAUGAAUCAUCAAUCUACGGUGUUCCCCUGGUGACUGCUUAUCCUCGCAUGGAACGGUGUUCCACUGACAGUGCCAAGAAAAAGGGAUCCACUGUAUGCUGGAAAAUUCAAAUUGGUGUCUACAUGCAUAGGUUGCUGCCGGAAAUCUUUUGCUGCCAAAGCCUGCACAUUGUCAUGUCGGCAUUGGAUGAAGGCUCUUACCGCAUCACACAACCGCUGGUGCUCCCCCCAAGGGGGAAAACAGUCUUUAAAAGCGCUCCCUACCCCAAAGUAGACACGAGCUUACUAGAGGAGGGAACCGACAAAAGCAGCAAGAAGAAGAAGAACAGCCCCGAAAUCAUUGACGUUGACGAAGACAUGGAAGGAGGCAGUCGAGAGGAAAUGAUCGUUUCUCCGUUUAGUGUCAAGGGAUUGCUCAAAAUGUUGGAGAACAAUGGAUGCGACGUGUCUAACUGGCCUCAGAUUCAGCAAGAGUUGCGGGGCAAAUUCAAGUUGGAUCUAUUGCUUCAUCAACAGCAUGCGAUUUGCUGGAUGAUCCAAAUGGAACAUUUGAAGGGAGCAUACGGGAUAAACUCUGUCUUGUGGGAACAAAGAUCUUUCCUUGAUGGGGGAGAAUACUAUUAUUCCCCUGCCUUGGGCCAGAUCCGACUAGGGAAGCCGCCUCCGCAUAUGAAAGGUGGACUGUUGAUUGAUGAGCAAGGAUGCGGCAAGACCGUGGAGGUCCUUGGUUUGAUCAUGGCCACUCUUCCAGAGCUCAAGGCGACAGUUCGGCAUCGCACAGGAGAUAACUAUGAAGGGGACACCUAUUAUUCUGCAGCCAGUGAAGACGAAGAAGAGUACAUUACCCACACAACACUGAUUGUUGUACCUCCAGCUUUAGUGGGGCAGUGGCUCCACGAAAUUGAGAAGGCUGUGGGGAAAACAACCCUCACGGUGUGCUUCAUGGCUGCCCAGAGCGGGGAAGUGAAGAAGUGCCUCCCGCCACCUCCAAAUGACAACCAAGGGGACAAGUCAGAGGAUGAAGACGACUGGGAUUUGAUCCGAGGGGCGGAUAUCUUGGUGACUACGUAUGACGCUCUUGAAAAGCCCAAAGCAGCAAGAAAGUUGCAGGAUGUCACGUUUGCCCGAGUGGUGCUAGACGAGAUGCAGGAAAUCGCCUCGCCUACAACGAAAAUCGCAAAGAAUUGUGAACAUCUUCAAUGCGAUCGGAGGUGGAUGCUUAGCGGCACUCCAAUCUACUCAGGCAUCAAGGACCUCAGAGGGGAACUGAACAUGCUACGACUUGAACCGUUUGGUGCCAAUUUUGAUGAUGGAUUCUUUGAUUUUGCCAUCCAGACACCUUGGGACGCCAAGAAGCCAAGUGCUGUGGCUACACUACAGAUACUGUGCUUGUUGGCCUUGCGGCGAUCUUCGAGCAUGACUGUGGAAGAAACAGGUGUCGGAUUGCUGGACCUGAAGCCCCUCACUGUUGAAUUUGUACCUGUCCCGCAGACCGUUUGCGAAAGGGCACUCUACUGCUUCAUGGAAUGUAUUGUAGCUUCAGAGCUAGAGCGGACCAACAAGGCGACCAAGCGAACGAAGGCUGGCUCUGAUAAGAAAUCUCGCGCCUUGUGUUUACGGUUGCUGCGUGAAUUGUGCAUCACUCCGAUGCUGAUCAAUGGAGGGCUCGGCGUGUCAUCUCAGCUCAGUGCCGUGAACCAACUCCUUAUUCAGCAUAAUCGCCGUGAAAUGGAAGUGUCUUCUGCAAAAAAGAUCAUCAACAUGCAGGCUUCUUCAGCACGGAGGGGAGAUGACACCACUCCGGUCAUGUCGCCCGAUCAGGCGCUACGCUUUCUGACUCAACACCAAGAAACCGCCCGCACAGACUCCGACAUGGUGACAGAGAUGGCAGUCGGAGGCUCUAGAGGGGCUUCUUAUAGACAUCGAGCCGUUGACCGAGCCGAAGAUCGCUUCAGCGAAGCGAAACGUGAUAUUGCAGAUGCCGAAGACUCCCUGUCCGCAGCAAUCAAGAAACGUGCGAAAGCUCGGUGGCACGGGUUGCUCGAGCAAAUAACCACAGGCCGUGUCAGUCACGGACGAAAGCACAAGUUCUCUGGACUUUGGUUGUGGCGACGGUGCACCCUGGCGUCUUUGAAACAUUCGACAGCAGGGAAGGCGAGCAGCGGGAAUGCAACCUUACCGGAGCUCUUCACUAGGGGAUGGAGACCAAAGAAAGGUCUCGUGUCUACUUUGUUCAAGCAACACCCAGACUUCUACUGGUGUCAUCCACACUCAAUUCGGCUAAGCAAUGUUCCGGGUGAAAUCUCAGAGAAGGAACUUGCAGUGGCGAUGCGGUCAGCAGCAACGCAAGUGCCUCUAGAAGAAAUCGAGAAAGACAAGGUUGAGCAUCGGCUUUCAAAAGAGAAGAACUCGCAACACAGAGACAAGGAAUCACGAAUCCAGGAUCUCGAGGCAAAGUUGCAGACGAUCAAAAGCAAUAUCGAGAGAUUGCGGGCAAGUGACGAGAAGGUGCAGAUGCCAAGUGUGGUGAAGGUUCGAGAGCGCAAACACGUGAAGGGUUUCUGGAAAGCUGUCGUUCUUUAUUCGGACGCAGAUGAUUAUGAUAUGGCCCUUUCGGUGUGCUCCCGCUCCGCUGGAGCCCCAUUGAAAAGCGAGAAACCGAUUCCACAUCUAGAGGCUUUGGCCAAGUCCAGCAAAGAAAAAGUGGAGCAGAUUGAGGCCGAGUUCAAGGUCCACCCGUCGCAGGACACAAAGAAACGCCUCGAUGUGGCUAGGAAGGAGGCAGCGGCCGUCUCGUCUGGUCUCAGAAUUGUGUCAGCAGCAAGCCGAAUAGUGCUCCCCGUCAUGAGUGACGAAAUGAAAGAUCAGGCUGGCACGGAACACUCCAUGGUGUUCGCAAGUAAGAGUAUUGGCGCGCUUCGAUCGACGACUCCUAGAUAUGCCUCCACUUUGGAUUAUUCAGUCGCUGAAACAGUCCAGCAAAGUACUGGGGAUGUCUACCAAAACAAGGCGACCGUGGUAAAGAAGCAAAAGGCAUUGAAGAAGCUUGGACGCGCCCUUUCGACCCAGGUGUCUGAAAAGCAGACCGAAACGUCCGCAUUUGGAAUUCUCAGUGCCCUUAUUGACGGCGACAUCGAGAAGACUGGUUGCCCCAUUUGUCUUGGUUACUUGGGCGAGGACGAUUUAGACGAAGCUGCGGAGGCUGGCCGGAAGAGGAAGCACAAACAGGCUCCUAUCACCAUGAUCAAGUGCGGCCAUUUUUAUUGCACUUCAUGUAUCUCGGGCUACAUUCAUGAUAAACUUUCCUCGCAUGGACAAGUUGUUUGUCCUGCAUGUCGCCAGCCGUUCACAAACGACAGUAUCUUCAGAAUUGAUCCUAGUUUGAAGGACGAACAAGAGGCAUUGAAAAAGGAGAGGGAGGCUGCAAAAGAGCUCGUACGAGAAGCCGGCAAGCUAUUAUCGGACUCCAACGGCAUUCUCGAUGCUGAGCUGUGGCGCGCCCUCUAUCUCAGCUUUGAUUUACCGUCAGGUGUUGAACGAUGUGGGGACUCGCGAUUCACAGCUAUCCCCAGAGAGGCUUUGACCCACCUUCGUGGUGCCACCGGCAUGAAAACCAGCUUACGCAGAAGUGACCGACCUGCACCAGGAUCGGUCAAAGGUGCCGGUAGGUGCUCAAAAAUACAGCGUCUCUUGGAAGACCUCCAAAGCAUCAUUCCGAAGGAGCGUUGUGUAAUCUUUUCCAGCAGUAAAGAGUGUCUAAUGCACCUUGGUGCAAUCUUGAAGGACGACAAUAUUGGUUUUCAGGCGAUCUACAAGGGCCAAUCUACUACGGCUUCGAGAACCGCUGUUACACGAUGGGAACAAUCCGCGGACCCGCUUCCUUCUCCUUGCUUGCUCGUCCAAGCUGGCGCCGCAGCUGCGGGGCUGACACUCACUGCCGCUUCCAAGAUGUUUAUCAUGGAACCGUUUCAGAAGCAGGAGCAGGAAAAUCAGGCGUAUGCUAGAUGCCAUCGCUACUCACAGAAGCACAAGGUGUCGGUGAAAGUCUAUUACACGCCCGUCUCCGUGGAGUCUCGUCUGUUGGACUGGCGGCGACAGGGCGGUAAAGUUGGAGAAGACCAAGAAAACGAUGCGGAUAUGCGCGAGUUCCAGAAAAGCAAAACUAGAGUGAUAAUCCACGAGAUCGAGGAUGAUUCGUCUGACGAAGGCUCUCUGGACGAUUCUUCAGACACAAGAGGAUCUGACAGCGAAAGCGAAAAGAAGAAGGAAGCCGAUGACAGUCAUGAUAUUGCGCAGACCAAUUUCUUGCUUGGUCUGCUCGACUGA